GCGCGCGCGCUCGCGUGUGUGUGUGCGUGUGCGCGUGUGUGUGCAUGCGCGCGUGUGUGUGUGUGUGUGCGUGUGUGUGUGUGCGGGAUGAGGUUGGAAUAACGGAGCAGCUGCUCGGACUUUUGAUGUGGAGGUUUUUCAUUCCUGAUCACCAGCUUCACGACUGGAUGGAUGCUUUUCAGUGGGAUUCCCAUCUUCCAGUCAUAUUAAACAGGUUUUGUGAACUAUUUGGGAAUUUUGGGAAUUUGGUGCCAAUCCUAGGAGUUGAUUUUGGAUUCUUUUAAACGGAUUUGAUUUUUUUUUGUUAUUGGAUUUUCUUUUUAUAUAAUAAUAACUUGCAUUAGGAGCAUUUUGGUGGUCGGAUGAACUUGUAGCCAAGUUCAUAUUAGGGAUUUUUUUGGCAUCAGAAAUUCAUUCUUUCUGAAUUGAUGAGUUUUAUGAGGCGGUUCGGCGACGAGAAACCGGGCCGCUUCAUCCAGCCGAGACGCACCGGCGACGCGUAGAGCCACACGUUCACACGUCCACAUCCCUGCACCAUGUCUUUAAGCAGAAGCAUCGAGUGGGAGCACUUUGAGGAGAGGGAGAAGGCACCACGUUCGGGUCGCGGAAGCGCAGCCAGCUCUCGCGGCGCGUCCCGGGGAAACGGGAACGGCUACGGCUCGGUGGCGAGUCCCGCGCACAGCGCGCACUGCAGCUUCUACCGGGCGCGCACCCUGCGCUCCCUCACUGCCGAGAAGAAGGCGCGGAAAGUGCGCUUCUACCGCAACGGAGACCGCCACUUCGAGGGCUUGGCGUACGCCGUGUCCGGUGACCGCUUCCGCUCGCUGGACGCGCUGCUCGUGGAGCUCACGCGCUCUCUGUCGGACGGCGCGAGCUUACCGCAGGGAGUGCGCUGCAUUUAUACUAUAGACGGUGCGAGGAAGAUCACCAGUCUGGAUGAGCUUGUAGAAGGCGAAAGCUACGUCUGCGCCUCUAACGAACCCUUCCGCAAAGUGGACUACACCAAGAACGUGAACCCUAACUGGUCAGUGAACAUUAGGGCAGGCACAUCGCGCUCUCUCUCCUCUUUGCCCAUACUAAAGAACGAGCUGAGGGAGCGAGAAAACAAGGAUUUCAUCCGGCCCAAGCUGGUGACGGUGAUCCGGAGCGGCGUGAAGCCACGCAAGGCCGUGCGCAUCCUCCUGAACAAGAAGACGGCACACUCGUUCGAGCAAGUGCUCACGGACAUCAGCGAUGCCAUCAAGCUGGACUCGGGAGUGGUGAAGAGACUCUACACGCUGGAGGGGAAGCAGGUCACGUGUCUGCAGGACUUUUUUGGCGAUCACGACGUGUUUAUUGCGUGUGGUCCGGAGAAGUACCGCUAUGCUCAGGAUGAUUUUGUGUUGGAUCACAGUGGUAAGGCUUGUGCAGCCUUUCUGAAUGAGUGCCGUGUGCUGAAAUCUUCCAGUACUUCUCGCUCCACUACUCCCGUGAGGUCCAGUGGCAGUAAGAGUCCAGCACGGCGCAGCAAAUCUCCGGGAUCAGUGAGGAAGACGUCUCCGUACUUGUCCGCCAGCGGACAGUCUCCAGUCAAAUCCCCCGUUAAUGGAGUGGUUCCCAGCCUGAGUCAGAUUUCCACCCCCAAAUCCACCAAGUCCUCCAGCUCGUCCCCCACGAGUCCCCGCAGCAUGCGCAACUUCAAGUUUAGUUGCAACAAGCGGAUGGGGGCCGCCUUCCAUCUUUCUGUGAAGAUUCCGACUCAUCACUCGUCUGCGUCGAAUGUGAGCAUCUCCUCCGAGCAGCAUCAGCCUCAUCACACUGACAACACCAGCCCCGAGGUUAAUGGAAACAGAAAUCCUACAGCCUCUGCCAUCGUGGAGAAGUACAAAGUGGGAAAAGUUAUCGGUGAUGGGAAUUUUGCGGUGGUGAAGGAAUGUGUUGAACGGUCGACUGGAAAGGAGUUCGCCUUAAAGAUCAUUGAUAAGAAUAAAUGUCGUGGCAAAGAGCACCUGAUUGAGAGCGAGGUGGCUGUACUAAGGCGGGUCAAACACCCCAACAUCAUAAUGCUGAUGGAGGAAGUGGACACGCCCUCUGAGCUCUAUCUCGUCAUGGAGCUAGUCAAGGGUGGAGAUCUGUUUGACGCCAUCACGUCCUCUACGAAGUACACAGAGAAAGACGCCAGUGCCAUGGUGUACAACCUGGCUGCUGCUCUCCAAUACCUGCACAAGAUGAACAUCGUCCACCGAGACAUCAAACCCGAAAAUCUACUGGUGUGUGAAUAUCCGAACGGCACCAAAUCUCUGAAGCUGGGGGACUUUGGGUUGGCGACGGUGGUGGAAGGCCCGCUGUACACCGUGUGUGGGACUCCAACUUACGUCGCGCCGGAGAUUAUAGCAGAGUCGGGUUACGGUAUAAAGGUGGACAUCUGGGCAGCAGGUGUGAUUACCUACAUCCUGCUGUGUGGCUUCCCACCUUUCCGGAGUGAGAAUAACGUGCAGGAGGAGCUGUUUGAUCAGAUCCUGCAGGGCCACGUGGACUUUCCCUCUCCGUACUGGGACAGCAUCACCGACUCAGCCAAGGAGCUGAUUGGCCAGAUGCUUCAGGUGAAUUCUGAGAUGAGAUACACAGCGGAAGAUAUUUUGUGUCACCCCUGGGUCACGGAUGAUGCUGCUGUGGACAACAACAUGAAGAUGGAGGUGACGGGGAAGCUCAAGAAGCACUUUACCUCCGCACAGAAAGAGGGCAACACCACUGCCGGAGUGUCUGUUAUUAUGAACACAGCUCUAGAUAAGGAAAAGCUGCAGCUGUGCCGUCGCAGUCAGGGGAACAGCGCCACCCUGCCUGAAGGGGAAGGAGGAUUGGGACACAGCCGCUCUGAGAAGAAAAGCCCCUCUGGCUUAUCAGAGGACACCAAAAGCCCUGGAGCCGCCCCUCUUCAGGCUUUACCCUCCCCCUUGCCCUCCUCUGAUGCCCCUCCCCUGUCGUCUUCCCCGUCCUCUCCUCGGUGUAGCGAAGAACCCGGCGAAGAGCGAGCCUUUGAGAGGGAGGAAUAGAUCCGCUUAGAACAAGAACAACAACCGGGAGAGGAAGAAAGACUGACAAAAAUAUAUACAAUACAUGUUCUGUUGAUUGAAAUCCAUUCCAGCUUUUGGCUUUUUCUGGAACUGUUGCUUCCUCAAUUGUUUUUUUUUUGUCUUUACACUUUUGGAAACAAAAAAGAGAUAUAAUGAUAUGAAUUUUAAAAGCCAUUGAAUUUGUAAUAUUGAAAUUUAAACAUUGAAUUCAUGGUUACUUCAAAAACCAUAUAUUUGUAUCUGUUUUUUUUUUUUUUUUUUUUUUUUUUUUGGUAGUUAUUUUUUUUCCAGUGUUCAACUCAAUAAUCAAUAAUUAUAGCUCAAUGCUAUGAAUUCAGUGGUGUUUACAUUUCUUUAUUAAGAAUUCAAUGCAACUUUGGAAUCUGUUUCCGUACACUCUCAGUCCUGGAGCUACUCUGUUAUUCCUGAUUGAUUAAGAGCUUUCCUUUAACAAAAAAUGUUAUUCCAGUCACAAUUCCAUUCCCUCCAGCCACAGACGGAUUAAUAAAUCCUGAGCAGGAAACUAAGCAGUGACUCCAUGGACCUAACCUGCCUUGGGUCAUCAGUUCAGCCUGGUGGGGGUGGUGUAAUGCUGUGGGGAAUGCACACAUUGGGCUUCUUAAUGUAUGAAACCCUUCCACUUCUAUCCCACAAUCCAAUGCAUGCAAAAUAAUUGCGUACAUUACUACAUUACCUGUCUAUUAUGAGAAUUUGAGUAGUCACUACAAUGCACAGAAGGUAGUCUAACCUUAUGUAACAGGUUUUCUUUCUUGUUUUUUCUUCACAAUCUAACACUAAAUUGUCUAGCUUUUUAAAAAGCUCUGACUCCACAGCCAGCAGUGACAGCAUGCUGAGUCUACUUUGGUCCAUUUUAGUUCUGAGUUCAUUUUUAAUCUGAUCCAUUUGGGGAAAAUGAACAUUCUUUGUAUAUUCUUUCCUUUUUAAGUAUUCUUUUCAUCGACACACUUUUGCAAAUAUCCCUGGGUUUAUUUUUUCAAUCUGCUUAUCUAGCUUGAAGUGCAUUGAACUUUUUGCCACGUUUAUGGCAAGUUUGAGACGACUUGUGCUGUGUGACACGGUGCAUUAUCAUUCUGGAAUUAUACGAUGAGUAAAUCAUGACCAUAAAGGGAUGCACAUGGUCAGAGAUGCUACUCAAAUAAGCUGUAGCAUUUCAAAGAUGCUCGGUUUGUACGAAGGGGCCCAGUUUGUGCCAAGAAAACAUUCCCCACACCAAUACACAACCCCCACCAGGCUGAACUAUUCACACAAGGCAGGUUUUUCUCCAAGGAUUCAUGCUGCUUAGGACAAAUUCUGACUCCACCAUCUUCAUAUUGAGCACUAUAGCGCUCCACGACUGACACUGAAGGACCUUACUGUAAAAAUGGUAAUGCUUCACGUUGAGGCUCACUUACAUAUUAUUUAUUACGCUAAUAAACAUUAACAAACCAUAAACUUAAAGCAUAAACGAUUUGUCAUGUUAUGGUAAUGUUAAGGAUGCAAGUGAAAGAGCAAAUUCCAGAAGUAACUAUUGGCACCCACCAUUUCACUUCACUGAUCAAUUUUGUCAAUUAACCACCAGUAAAUAUUAAGAUAUUUGUUUUUGAUUAUUUUCAUCAUUAUUUGGAUUUUUUUUUAAUCAAUUAAUACAAAUAUUAAUGACUUCUAAUUCAUUCUGGUGUCUUAAAGCUGAAGUUGGUUUCUUCAUGUUAACUAAUGCAAUAAAUAAUGUUACUUACGGGAACCUUAAUAUAAAGCGUUACUAUUAAAAACACUACAUUCUCUGUUUAAGUAAAAAAAAAAAAUACUGCUUCAUUAUGGGAUUUGUAUCUGUGGCCUCCAGCUGUGCUGUCAGCGCUGCACAUCUGUCUGUGGCUUGUCUCCAUUCCCCGGGGGAGUGUGAGAAGAUUUUGUAGUAUGAGUGUAUAUACGCUGUGUUUGAGUGUUGAAAGAUGAGCGUCUGCAUUUAGCAGGUAUUUGAGUGUUUUUAUUUAUUUAUUGUGAAUCGAUGAGCAUGAGCGAGUGUGUUAAGCGUGAUUAUGACUAGUGUGUGUGUGUGAGCGAGUGUAUGUGUGCGUAUGUGUGUGUGUGUGUGUGUGUGUGUGUGUUUGACAUGGACUACUAGCAGACUUGAACAUGGGUUUCAUUUUUCUUGACUGUACGAGAAGAAAUGAGACAUUUGCCUUUGAAUAGCUGAUGCGAAGGGCUGAUUGUGGGUUAAUUAGAAAGUUAAUUAGGAGGUUAAUUAGAAGGUUAAUUAGGAGGUUAGUGCCUCUCUGCUGUAAUAUGGUGUAAUUCCGCAUUAGUUCUGCUCUAAUACCUUCAUGUUGGAAGCAUGGUUGUGUUUUUAUCACCUUUUUGAUUUUUUUUUUUUUGUUGUUUUUUUGCUAAUGUAUUUAGAAACAUAAAGACGCCUCUUAAGCUUCUCUUCUUUUCACUUGAGCCUCUUUGCUUCUCUAGAUAAACAAGGAAACACUGACGCAUGAUAUAUUCCUGUAUCUGAAUAUAAACUCUCUCUCUCUCUCUGAAACACACACACACACACACGUUCAGCAAUAAUCCUUAUUCCAUUCAGCAUUAUAUUCAGUGUAUUAGUUCUGCUGUUGUUAUAAACCUCACACACUGCAGCUAUGAAACUAUCUGUUCCUCAAAACAGUUUAAUCUCCUGCAAAUGUUUGAGCUGGUUUAUUUUCAUUUCCGUUUCAGGCUGAUUGUGUUGUGUUUUAGUUUAAAGUGGCUUUGCGUUAAGGAAUCGAGGUGAAAUAAAGGCGAAUAAAGUUCUUA